AUGAUGGCCACCAGGAGCAACAAUGACAUCGAAGGCUGGCAUAAGGGCCUACACAGGCGUGCUUCAGGUAGAUGGAAUAUGCCAUUCUACCUCCUCAUCGACCUUCUGCACCAAGAGGCCCGGCUGACAGCCCUGAGAAUCCGUUUAGUCUCGGAAAAAAAACUGACCAGGAUUCAGCGCAAGAAAUACAGGUCAGUCCAAGCCCAAGUAUUUAAUCUUUGGGAUGAUUACAGUAGCCAAAGAAAAAAUGCGGAACAGCUUCUUCGUCAAUGUGCCCAUCUCAAUGGACCUAAACGCUCUAGAUAA